UGUUUUCCGUGAGCGCGCCUGAGCUGCUGCUGCUGCUGCCUCCAGUGGAACAGCGAGCACUAGCCGUGCAAGGAGGAGGAUAUACACUUCUCCCCGUUCCUUUGCUCGGCACCCUGGGAUUACGACGCGGGAAGUGCAGCAUCGACGGCCAGCCGCCAGGGCCCACGAUGUCCAGCGAAGUGCAGAGACCGGACGACAGCCCCAGCACAAGCGGGGGAAGCUCUGAUAUCGAACAAAGGGAAACGGUACCGCCUGAACAGGAGCGAGAGCAGGCACAGCCCAAAAAGAAGGAGACCAAGAUCUCCAGUAAAACUGCUGCUAAACUUUCAACUAGUGCCAAGAGGAUCCAGAAGGAGCUUGCAGAAAUAACACUAGACCCACCUCCAAACUGCAGCGCCGGCCCUAAAGGAGACAACAUCUACGAGUGGAGGUCGACCAUCCUGGGACCGCCGGGCUCCGUGUACGAGGGCGGCGUCUUCUUCCUGGACAUCGCCUUCACACCAGACUACCCCUUCAAACCCCCCAAGGUAACCUUCCGUACGAGGAUCUAUCACUGCAACAUCAACAGUCAGGGGGUGAUCUGUCUGGACAUCCUGAAGGACAACUGGAGCCCCGCCCUCACCAUCUCCAAGGUGCUGCUGUCUAUCUGCUCCCUGCUCACAGACUGCAACCCAGCCGACCCUCUGGUGGGAAGCAUCGCCACACAGUACCUGACCAACAGAACGGAGCAUGACAGAAUAGCUAAGCAAUGGACGAAGAGAUACGCCACAUAGGCUCCCCGCUGCGGACCCCCCUCCCCCUUUACCUCCCUCCCUCUUAAUGAACCUCUCUCUACCUCUCACCCUUAGUCUGUCAAAGCACACUCACUAAGUGCAACGGUAUACCUGCCCUCCUGUUGGCCCCCCUCUUCCUCUUCUUCCUCCCUAUUUUAUCUACCUUUUCUGUGCAAAAACAUAAACAAAAAAAAUCAAGACAAAAAAAAAAUGUUCCUUGUUCCUUGUUGACUUGAAAGCUUCUUUUUUAUACAGAGAGUAGAUUGGGAUUUUUAUUUUCCAAUAUCUGAAUGUUGGAAGUAUUGUACUGGAGAAAAAAAACACAGAAUAUUAUAAUUAUCUUAUGCUUUGUCCUCCAGCUAUACAGUAUGUAUUCUCUUUUUCUUAGUGGCACCUGGAACAAACAUGCAGAAUAUGCUUUAUUUUGUUUUUCCUUGUUUUUUUUCUGUUUGUUUGUUUUGCUUUUUGUAUUUGUCAUCAGUAUGUUAUCUGCAUGGAACAGGAAGGUUUGCAUCAGUGGAUUCUUCAUGCUUUUUACCUUCCUCUGAUUUUGUUUGUACUGUAUGUAUUUUUUCAAAGGCUUUUGAGGCAGACCACGAAAGUAUAGGUCUGCCUGUGAAAGAGGCAGGACUUGUAUAUUUACUGGCUACCCGCCACCUCUGCAAUUGCAGAGUGGUUUGUCGUGCACUUGUAUUUCUGAAGCACCCAAUAAAACACACUGUGGUUGGCUUGUGAGA